CUUUUCAGCAAAAAAUUCUCAAAUUGAAGAUAUUGUCUCAAAGAAAAUGAUGGGCCUUUUCAACGUAUUUUCUUUAGUUUGUUGUUUUCUAUUUGUACAAGGAAUAUUUAGCAUUGAAGUCGAUAAAGAAUGCCAGUAUCGUGAGCUUAAAUACGGGGGAACUAAUCCAGAAGAAGGUCCAUACGUUAUGAAAACGGUUGUUAAAUAUCACUGUGAUGCCGGAUAUACUUUGUACGGUGAGGCGUCAUCCGUUUGCUUGUAUGGAAUAUGGACCGAAGAGCUCCCAGUAUGUGUAGCUGAUCAGUUCAACUGAUGUGAACACUCGUGAUCGGAAAAUUCAGACUCAGGAGAUGAUUUAUAUAUACAUUAAGAAAUACAAUUAUAAAAAAAAUGGAAA